UCGGGCGCCAUUUUGUGCUCAGUCAGUGUCCGUGCAGGUCGCUCUCUCAGACAUGGCAUCCGUAGCGUCAUCCACCGCACCCACCGCUGCCGCCACCACGAACGACAAGAACGAGACCCUGGCCGGCGACGAGGCCGACAGCAACCCCGAGGAGGUCGGGGAGGAGGAGGACGAGGACGAUAAUGCCGAGGACGGAGCGGACGGGGGCGAUGGCGACGAGGAGGAGGAGGAAGAGCUGGUGGUGAACAUCGGGAGCACCUACCCCUGCAAGAGGGCGGACGGCACCCUGCAUGAUGCCGAGGUCAUCAAGACUCGCAUGAACAAGCAGGCUGGUCGAGAGGAGUUCUACGUGCAUUAUGUGGGCUUGAACCGCCGCCAAAACGAAUGGGUUGACAAACCACGCUUGGUGUUGACCAAAGCCACGAAGGACGAAGUUAAGGAGGAGGCGAAUGGCACGGACCAGGAGAUGACUGAUGUCCAAGAGCAGCAGGAACCCAAAGCUGCACUGAAAAGAAAACUUGAGGAUCCGGAACCCGAGCCGAAGAAAGUUAAGGUUGAGGAGUCGAGUGCCAACUCCUCCCUCGUGGGUCCUGGAGGUGACUUUGCAGAAGAGUUAACCUGCCCAUUGUGUGUAGAGCUUUUCCAGGAUCCUGUGAUGGUGGAAUGUGGCCACAACUUUUGCCGAGUCUGUAUAGACAAAGCUUGGAAUGGCCAAGAUUCUUUUACAUGCCCUGAUUGCAAAGAAGUAAUGUCAGACCGCAGGUAUACCACCAACCGUGCUCUGGCCAACCUUGUGAAAAAAACCGGUAGCACCACCACCACAGUUGCCGUCAGCACCCCUGCUACUCCUGUAGAGAAGAAAGCACGUAUUACGGAGAACUGUCCAGAGCAUGAUGAGAGGCUGAAGCUUUACUGUAAGGACGAUGGGACAUUGGGCUGCGUUAUCUGUCGUGAUUCACUGAAACAUGCCAGCCACAACUUCCUGCCCAUCCUGGAUGCUGUGGGUGUAUACAGGGAAGAACUUGCUGCUAUUGUGGCUCCACUGGAAGCUUCUCUUAAAGUUACAGAGCAGUUAACUGGCCAACAGAACGAGAAGAUCUCCCAGCACAAGCACAAUAUUUCAGAGUACAAAACACACAUCGAGUCUGAGUUUGAGAAGCUGCAUAGCUUCCUAAAGGAGAGAGAGGAAAACCUUGUAAAGCAGCUGAAGGAACAAGGAGAUUCUGUGCUGAAACAAAUGGAGGAGAAUCUGGUGAAGAUGCAGGAGAACAGAGAUAACAUCAAACAAACCAUUUCCUUGGCCAACGAGAGGGUGAAUGACUCGGAUUCAAUCUCCUUCCUCACCGACAUCAAAAGCUUCAUUGAAAAGUGUCUGUCUCAGCAACGCGAUGUGAUCUCAUCUGGGAAUACCCUACUUUCUAAAGACCUGUGUCAAGGAACCUUUAAGGGCCCUAUUCAGUACAUUGUCUGGAAGGAAAUGAAGAGUAUAGUUGUCCCAUUUCUUUCACCGAUGAUGCUGGACCCCAGCACAGCACAUCCCAACUUGAUGCUGUCUGAUGGACUGACCAGUGUAAAGUACGGAGAUGCUAAGCUCCCUCUCCCUGACAACCCCAAACGCUUCAGCCAGUGUAUCCUUGUGCUGGGUGCCCAGGGUUUCGAUUCUGGGCGCCACUAUUGGGAGGUUGAAGUGGGAGACAAGACAGCCUGGGAUGUUGGCAUGGCCAGUGAGUCCAGCAACCGCAAAGGCAAGAUUAAGCUUAACCCCAAGAAUGGUUACUGGGCAAUAUGGCUGCGAAAUGGCAAUGCUUACAAAGCAUUGGAGUCUCCCUCCAAGGCCCUCAGUUUGCCUGCAAAGCCCAAAAAAAUUGGUGUCUACGUAGACUACGAGGGGGGCCAAGUGUCUUUUUACAAUGCUGACAAUAUGACUGCUAUCUACACUUUUAAUGCCACCUUCACAGAGAAGCUGUUCCCAUACCUAUCUCCAUUUUUGCAUGACUCUGGCAGGAAUGCAGAGCCCCUUCGUCUUGUCCAUAACUAGUCCGGUGAUGCUAGUACAGGCUUUUGAAGGUUGUGGGAAGGGCUAGGUUUAAAACAUUCCAUUCCAUUUCCUGAGUCAAACAUUCGGUUAGUACUAUGCCUCCAGUACCAAAACAUAGUUCUAUACAAUCAAAAACUAAUUUGACCUUUUAUCCAAACUACUCCAAUAUUCAUCAUGGGAGUCACUUUAUCCUAGAUUAAUAGCUGCUAGCCUCUUAGAUUCCUCCCUAUAAAAGGUAAAAAGUGUACUUUAUCUUCAGUCCUUUCAAUGCUGCCAAGAUCUGCUUUUCCUGUGACCCUAGUUUAGCCAGGUGUUUUGCGCGUAGGCAGUGCUCCAGUCUGUAGGAGCUGGAUUGUCAGUCUGGCUGUCACAGGAUUCUUUUGACUGGUUUAGAACAUCAAAAACACACUUCACUUAAAGGUUUACUCCCAAGCAUCUUCACCACUUUUGUCCUCUGUAGUGGUUAGUAUGGUAGGAAUACUGUGGCCUCGUUAAUGGGGCAACUGUUAUUCAGCAGUUUGUCCUCUUGCUUGCGUCCCACAGGUCAGAGGGUCCUUGCAUUUCUGCUGAUGUGAAUUUGGCUUAAUCAACAGAAUGCUCAUCUUAUCGCCACUUACAGGCUGAGUGUUAGCUGAUGACGCUCACCUAAUCAAAGACUUUCUGUGCAAAUAAAUACACAGACGUGACAUUAACCAAUCCAGACUUCUUUUUCGUUAAUGACUUUGCUGGACGUAGUUCAACUCUGUGCAGUGUUUCAUAGUUGAACGCUGUACAUUUAGGCACAAUUACCACUUCAAAUCUCUGAAGUGGUCAUGGUGCUUGGAGUAACCCUUUAGCUUUAAACACAGUGCCAUAUAUUCCUUCCCUAUUACAUGUAUGGAAGAUAAACUGUUUGCAUAUGAACAUUUCCCAGUGCUUGUAAACAUGUGAAGAUAAUUUAUAGAUAACAUGUGAAGAUAAUUUGCAGAUAACAUUGGGCACUGGUAAUUUUAAGGACAGUCUUUGGAUUAAUUUAGUAUGCUAUUGUCCACAUUAAUGUUCACGUACAGCCACUAGGCAGCGUUGGAGGCUCAUAGGCUGUGCCUUUUUUUUACCUUACUUUUGGUAUGUUUUGUUAACCCUUCCCACUGAACUGUGAAUUACUUUGUUUUUGAGCUGUUUUUCUGAUAAUUGUAUCAAGUCCAAAAAGUAGCAAUUCUAGGUUUAGAUGUUUGCUUUUUUUUUACACCGGUUCUGUAAGAAAUUUCUUUUAAGUUUCUCAUGUGAAAUUGCAAAUGUUUUGCUGUCCUAUUGUAUAUUUUGUAGCCUUGCAAUGUUAUUCUGAAUGUAGCUACUCUGUUCCUCAUUUUGUUUUAAUAAAGUGGCUGGAAAAAAUA